AUGGGUCCUUCAAACUACAAAUCUAAUGAAUAUGUCGAUGACUCUGACCUAGAAGAGUCACCCGAGCAAAUUUUUGAGCCCCCAAAGCAUUAUCAUAAAAUCACUCACCCGUCAAAGAGCUUGCCCAAAGCCAAAGAUAAAGAGAUAUGGUUGAUCAAGACACCAAAAAACUUUCCCCUUGAAAAGUUGAGAACUUUGCCUAUUGCAUUUACUAAAAAUAGAGUAGCUGAGCCUUUUGACAUAAGCGGGACUUCAUAUCAAGUUGAGGAAGAAUUAACUUCGGUAUCAUCGUCAUCAUCAUCAGCCAUCAUUCCAUCUACCGAAAUAAACAAUAAACACACCAUCUUCAAAGCCAAACACAAUUCAUACAGGCCAGCAGAUCUCAAAAUCAGCCGUUUUUAUGACAUCAAGGAGGUUGUCAAUAUUCCACAAAUUGAUUUUGACAAGGCCAGGGUUGCAAGAGAAGAUGUGCCACGGUUGAAGAGAUUGAGAAUGAGACAUUACCCUACAGGAUACGGCGAAAAAGAUUUUGACAUAACUUAUGAUGAUGACGAAUCUGAUGGGGAAGAGGGAAACCCAGUCAAGAAAACAAAAGUGGACGAGACCCCACUGAAGAGUGAAGGGGUGUUUGGGGAAACACACAAGCAUAAACUGGGCAACAAGGAUAAGAAGGAAAAGAAAGAGAAGAAAGAGAAGAAGGAUAAGAAGGAUAAGAAGGAUAAGAAGGAUAAGAAGGAUAAGAAAGAUAAAAAGUCAAAAAAAGAACAUUGA